UAAAAAUAUUAAAAAAAUAUAAGAAUUUAUUAAUUGCAAAAUCCCGGGGGUAUUUGUGUCAUUUUAUAUGAAGUCAACACUCAAAUGAGAAAUGGGCCGAGUGUGCGCUAUUUAAAUAAUUUCACAGGGAGAGUUUUGCUAGUUUAUUUAUCAUAGGGGAAUUUUUGCUAUUUAGAGAUUAUACAGGGGUACUUUUUGCAAUUUACUCUAUUUUAUUAAGAUUAAGUAGUCGACAUUAAACAAAAGGAAACAACAGGGCAACAUGUAAAUAUUUACUAAUUAUGGAGAUUAAACAAAUUAAGAGAUAAACCUUCCUUAUAUGCAUUUAAUUCAACCACACAAGGAAACAAAAUUCUGGAUAAAAAGAUAAGUUAAUUAAUUAAUAUAAACCUUAAAUUAAACCGUGCAAUUAAGGAAACUUAUCCCAUAUUUUGCUUUGCAUCCUUUUUUACAUCAGAACCUGACUCUAUAAAUUGGCCUAACUAGAACACAUGCAUCCACACACCUAAAAAUCGAACUUUCUCGAUUCGUUCAAAAGAAAUAUAAUUCGAUCUUCAGUAAUAAUGGGAGCAAAUACCAGCAGUUCUGUAAAGGAGGAACCAACGACUAGGGUUCUUUCGAUUGAUGGCGGUGGAGUUAAAGCCUUAAUCCCACUCGUUAUUCUUGCUAAACUCGAAUCUCAGCUUCAGAAAAUAGACGGUAAAGAUGCGAGGAUUGCAGAUUAUUUUGACGUAAUUGCGGGUACAAACACAGGAGCACUAACUGCUGCAAUGCUUACUACACCCAACGAAAAUAAUCGUCCGAUGUUUACUGCACAAGAAAUCAUAGAAUUUUACCUUGACAACUUCCCUAAAAUAUUCCCACAGGGGUAUAAUAUUUUGAGCCGUGCUGCAAAGAAAUAUAAACAGUGGGUCGGGGAAAUAAAAUAUAAUGGCAAAUAUGUAAAUUCAGUAAUAAAAGAGAAACUUGGUGAUACAAAACUGAAUCAAACUCUCACAGAUAUUGUCAUCACCACAGACCCCAUCACAUUCUCAACCAAUCAGGUGGAGAAUAAGGAUGUUUCACUCUCAGACAUCUGCAUUGGAAGUUUAGCUUUUCCGACUUAUUUGUCUCCGCAUUCCUUCGUAACUAAAGAUUCCGACGGCAAUUCCAAACAAUUCGACCUCAUUGGCAGUCCAGUCGACAACCCGGUAAAUAUAUAUCCCCAUCUUACACUCUCCGAUAAAAAAAAUAAACAAAAUUCAAUAACAAAUACUAAUUAUUUUUCCGGGAUUUUUUUUUUGCAGAUAUUAGCUGCAAUGAUGCAAAUACGAAAGGAGAAGCGUAACUUUUCACCGUUCUUUUUGUCGGUGGGAAUUCUUUACAAAUACACAGUAAUGAAUGGUUCAUCGACCGUUUGGCGUACAAUCGGUCGACUUGCGUCAUUUGUCACUGAUUACGACAGUCUCUUUUAUCUCCAAGACGCUCACGGUGUUGAAGAAUCUCUUCAACGCUUUCUCUCUCAAGAUAAUUAUCUUCGAAUUCAGGACGAUUCUUUAACCGGUGCAAUGUGUUCAAUGGACGUUGCGAUGAAGAAGAAUUUGAAGAAUCUAGUGAAAGUCGGAGAAAAUUUGUUGAAGAAACGAGUUUCGAGGCUAGAUUCAAAAAGUAGAACUUAUGUGCCAAUUAGUGAGGAAACGAACGAGGAAGCACUGAUUAAACUAGCAGCAACGCUUUCGUGGGAGAAGCGAAUUCGAGAUCCGGAUUUUCUUGCGAUAGCAACAAUAUAAACAUAGGCAUGCAUACAAAUUAAUUGUGGGGAAAUAUCAUUUUUUUUAUCAUUUAAGUACAUA